UGCAACAGUAUAGCGGCAACAAGUUGUUUUAGACGUUUCUCGCUGCUGAUAAGGAGUUCCAGUUUCUACACAGUCCCUGCUGUAAUCUCUUAGCCGUUCAGAAACGGGGACACAGGAAACUCCAACUCCUACUUGUCGUGCUCCUCUCUCGUCCUAGACUGCCUGACCUGCCAAACGGUGAUUGACAUGGCAGCUAAUGGAGCAAGCUGUGAGCAGCCUCAGAAACGCGCAGGAGCUAAAGACAAACUGAAUGGGAAAUCCGCAGACUUGUCGUUAAGAGAGAGGAGACAGAAGGAUAAGGAAGAGCGCCUGUCUCUGGUGCUAUGGAGGAGACCUGUUACCACUUUGCAUUACUUUCUACUGGAGACGCUCCUUAAGCUAAAGGAGUGGACGUUUAAGCUUUGGCAGCGGAGAGGCAUAGUUUUCCUGUGUUUGGUGUUAUGCUCUCUCUUUUCCAUCGCAUACUCAACUGAGGGAGAACACCAGCAAUAUGUUCAGUAUCUGGAAAAGAAGUUCCUAUGGUGUGCCUACUGGGUAGGCCUUGGGAUCCUGUCUUCAGUAGGCCUUGGAACUGGUCUGCACACCUUCCUUCUCUACCUGGGCCCUCAUAUAGCUUCAGUAACCCUGGCAGCAUACGAGUGUGGGUCCACAGACUUCCCAGAGCCUCCCUACCCAGACCAGAUUGUUUGUCCCGAAGAUGGAGGAGUGGAGGACACAAUCUCCCUCUUCUCAAUCAUGUCAAAGGUCCGACUGGAGGCCUGUAUGUGGGGUGCCGGCACCGCCAUCGGAGAGCUGCCUCCUUAUUUCAUGGCCAGAGCAGCUCGUCAGUCGGGAGCUGAUCCAGACGAUGAGGACUACGAAGAAUUUGAGGAGAUGUUGGAGCAGGCCGAGGGUGCUCAGGAUUUUGUUACAAGAGCAAAACUGGGAGUGCAGCACAUGGUGCAGAAAGUGGGAUUCUUUGGCAUCUUGGCCUGUGCCUCAAUUCCCAAUCCUCUCUUCGACCUGGCUGGAAUAACCUGCGGCCAUUUCCUGGUUCCUUUCUGGACCUUCUUUGGAGCAACUCUGAUUGGGAAAGCCAUCAUCAAGAUGCACAUACAGAAACUUUUCGUUAUCAUCACCUUUAGCAAGCACAUAGUGGAGCAAAUGGUGUCACUCAUCGGGUCGGUGCCCAAACUAGGGCCAUCUCUCCAGAAGCCCUUCAGGCAGUACCUGGAAGCACAAAGGAACAAGCUGCACCAUGCUGGAGGAAGUGCACCAGCGGAUGAGAACUGGCUGUCGUGGGUGUUUGAGAAGGUGGUGCUGGUCAUGGUCUGCUACUUUGUCAUUUCCAUCGUGAACUCCAUGGCUCAGAGCUAUGCCAAGAGGCUGCAGCAGCUGAGGCACUCGGAGGAGAAAACCAAGUGAUGGCGGAAUAAAGCGGUACAAACAUCCAAGCGACUGUGUUUGUGCUGCUGCUGAGAGCUCCACUUUCGGCCACAGCCACUCACAACUUAACAAACCUCACCCUCAUCCAUUCUCAAAGAGGCUGAACGAUCAAGAAACCAGGCAUAAUUUGUCGGUGUGUGCGUACGUGCGCUUUUUUUUUUUUUUUUUUGAGGAUGUAUGUGCCGUUUACUGUCUCCUCGUUCAGGUUUUUGUAGUUCUUCCUCAUCUCACUCUUUAGGUGUGUCUAGCGCGAUUGGUUCUACUGCUGAUCUUAACAAGUUACUUUAAAUUAACCCAUUCAUUGACCUCAGAAGUAAAGCAGCGGUUUGGUGGUUGCUGCUGUGUAAGGGCAGUGCCCAUCAGAUGCUAUGCCUUAUGCAAGACGGGAAGGCGUGACCUCCCUUGAAUAUAGCUCUUGACUUAUAGACUUGAUUUUUAUUUAAUUUUGUAACCUUUGUGUAUGGAUGGAUCUUGAUUUGUCUGUACAGCGUGCUGCCAAGAUAACUGCUGUGGAUGGCGUUUCUUUUCAGGGUUUCAUUGACCUCAUGGUUUUUGUCCUGUAAGACCAAUUUUGUCUUUUGUUUCUGGAAUUGUCCAUUUAAAAAUGGCAGGAGGAGGAGGGAGGAAAAAAAAAGCAAUAUCAACUUCAGAUGGUGUGGUAUUGAUGUUUUGCACAUUGUGUAAAUAUCUUACUAUCUUUUUGACAGUAUGUUCAGAUGUAUUUCUAUUCUAUGGUCUGUGUGAACAUGAGUCAACUUGAACCAAAACCCAAAAGAAAAGGCGAUAUCAUUUGUAAAGUGACGAUGUACCCUCAGCUAACUAGUACCAUUUCUAUUCUGUACAUUUGACUUAAACCUGGGAUCAGAUCAUACAUAAAACAUGGAAAUUGUGGCACUUCUUCUCCAGACUGAGUCUCUCAUUUGUUUGGAUUUUCCUGAAAUGUUCAUCCAUGGAGGCUUCCCCCCCCCCCCGUGUAAUACUGUUAGGUUUAAGACCCAACACAAAAGAUUUGAUUUGUAAUUGUCUCUUUGAAACGAUCAUCUUGAAGGUAAGUGUCACGUCAGCCCUAACACACUUAUUUUGACUGCUUUUAGUACCAGACGCAUGACAUCCUUCAUGGUAGGACCAGAAUUUGGUUUUUGAUGUUGAUUAUUUCUCAGCUGGCCUGCCUUCCCGACUCUUAAACAUACUCUGUAGAUCCUGGCCGACUUCAGCUCAUGGUUGAGACUCCCCAACCAUGUGGUUUGGCAUUCCUUCACACCACUCUUCCACACCAUCAGCUAGCUUAUCAGACUGGUGUUGGCUGUUGGAUGUGCUUGGCAACAGCGGUCUGUAAGCUGGCUGAAGUUGUUGGCCUUCAGCAUUUCUGGGUUCAUCUCGAGCACUGCAGCUACAUAUUAGUGGGUCUGCGUGCGGACAACGCUGUUAUCUAAAGAGACUCUUUGCUUUUAUGUCACUCCACUUCUACUGUGUAAAACUCAUGAACAAUAAAGAGAUGAAAAGUGA